UGAUCCAUCAGCUGAACCAUCUCAGAUUCCUCGUCUUGAUUUAUAAACUCCUCCAGCAAGAAUACUCCUGGAAAUGGAAAUGCCCAGCCAGCAAACUCUGAGCAUUCAUUUCCUACAGCUAAACCUGCUGCUGGACAGCCUAAACAGGAAGUGAUCCAGAUCAGGCUUGAUGGUGCCCCCUCUGUUGAAGCAACAUGGACUGCUCUGGCUAGAGGAGAUGCCCUCUGAAGCUCCUUAGCAUCACUCCUAAUCAGGAAGGUUCCAAGAAGACAGUCUACGGCUGACGGCUUUGUGCUUCCAGGAAAGGGGCGGAAAUUAAAAAUGUCAAAAGUUACUACAGAGCUUCUUUUGGAAAGAGCGGUUCCAAGAUCUACUAGGCUACGAAAGAUUGAGACUUUGAACUUAUCCAAGCUGCAGUUAAAGACCGGAGACUUGGACCCACGGUUGUUUUCCCGUCUGAGACAUCUGCAAAAUCUUGAUCUCUCUGAUAAUCUGUUGGACAAACUACCUGCUAAUCUAAGCCUGCCAGACCUGCGUGUCCUAAACUGCAGUAACAACCAACUGGAAGAUGUGACUGUCCUGAAGCAGUUCCCGCUGCUGGAGGAGCUAAACUAUGAAAACAAUGUCUACCUGACAACCAAUGAUGACUAUAAGGUCAUGUUUCUUUUACAAAAUCUUCGGCUACUCAAUGGCAAGGAUGUAACCAAAUUAGCUAAUCAUGUGAGAGUUGUCAACAGCCGAGAGCUGACCAACAAGGUCACAGCUCACUGGGAGAGGCACUUCCGAAGCCAACUCCCUGAGAAGUAUUCAGCCGAGCAUGUGAUGUUCAUCAGGAAAAAGUUUCUGAAGUCUGCACAAACCCACGUCAUAUAUGGACCCAGCUCCCUCGGUGAAUUUACCCGAUGGAGGGUGAAAAUGAUUGCGGAGGAGUUGCUGGCAUCCAUGCAGGGACAGGAAGAGAACACACAUCCUGAAACACAAGAAAGGAUGGAGGAUGAUGAUGAGGAGACGACAGAAAACCCCAGAGAGGUGGGAGACGAUGAUAUUGCGCAGGUCACAUUAAUCCACAGCAAGAGAAGAGGGAAUCACUCAAUAGCGGGAUCUGCGAGCAAAAGGCCACGGUCCCAGUAUAACACUGAUGAGGAAGUAGUGCUUAGUCCCAGAAAGUCCAGCCAUUCACAGGAUGACCCAACUCCUGAUAGACCAAGAGCAUCGAACCAACAGGCAAAGGUGGCCGAAGAGACUCACAGGAACGGAGAACAGCCUCCGAAAGGACAAAGCCACAGAAGAUCUAGCCAGUUGACAGAGGAGCAGAAAAGCCAGGAUCAGGACAAAAGGGUUCUGACCAUAACCCCUGUCAAGAACCUGGAAGACAAGGAAGUUAUCAGUUUGGAGCCAUUGCACUUUCUUCAGUGUCACAGUAAAGGCAACAGCCGGGAGGAUUUUAAAACGCAGCUCUGGUCCUGUGCCUUCGAGCCGCCAUUGGAUUCUGGGACGAGGAAAGACCCUGUAGUGAGCACCUCCAGAACUAUGGCCACCUGUGGAGGGGAAUCUGUUUGUCUUAUCGACUGCGAGACUGGAAUAGUGCUGAAAAAGUAUAAAGUGCCUGCGGAGGAGUUCUUCACCGUUGCAUGGACAACUCUGACCAUGGUAACUAAUGACGGUCGGAAAAAAAAACAUAAUAUCCUGGCCGCAGCCGGAAGAAGAGGAAUUGUAAAGCUGAUUCAUGUAUCGGCUGAUUUCUGCUACGGAGAGAUAAAGGCUCACAAAAAGCCCAUUGCUACAGCCUGCUUCAGCCCAACCUGUGAGACACACCUCUUUACUGCAUCCUAUGACAAAAGAAUUGGCCUCUGGGAUAUUGGGGUUCCGGACUGUGACUACAACUUCAAAGCAAGCCAACUAAUGGUGCUGGAAGUUGCCUCUAUUCCAUUACGGAUUGCCCUGGUCCCAUCCUGCCCAGAUCAGUUCCUCCUGGCUGGUUGUGAAGAAGGUUGCUUUGCUUGGGAUAUUAGACUGGACAAGCCACAGAAGAGCAGGCCUUUUGAAGUGGCGUUCCAGUUUCCUAAUGAUGAGGGAGAAGAGACAGCUUCCCACAGAGUGGAUGGAUUGGCCUUUUUGAACAAGGAUGUUGUGGUUUCUAAGAGUUCUAAGACAGGGUCUAUAUACUUAUGGAGCUGGAGCCAGUCAUUUGAGGCACAGGGGAAAUCCUGUCAGAGAACACGACCUGCACUUAUUCUAGCGGAACUGGAGUGGUCAACAACAGACCUGCCCUACCUUACUCUCAGCACCUGUCCAGCAGCAGAGUAUGUGUUCUGUGGCGAUGAAAAGGGAAGUGUGUGGAUGUACAAUCUCAGCAAGCACUCUUCAGCCUGGAGGGCCUCCAAGGGAAAACGCUCAGAGAACAGAAUAGCUCCCACGCAGAUUCUUGAGUGGCCAGAGCUUCGAGCAAAUGGGGAGCUGCUGACUGAAGUCUUAAUAAACAAUGUGGUGACAGACCCUACUUUUACUUACCUUAUUGCUUUAACUGGCGUAAAUAUAGCAGCUGUAUGGAAGAAAACAUAGCUUGUUCUUUAUGGAAAACUUCAUUCCUGUGAUGUUUUGAAAUAGUGCAGUAUUAGUGAUUGUUUCCAAGAGUAACCAUGAAGUUUUCUAAACCAGCCCUUAUCAUGCAAGAGAGAACGCAAAGGGACUUGGCCCACAUCCUGUCAUUGACAAUACCCACUUUCUUUUACUGUGAGUUUUCACAAUUUUGUGUAUUUGUUUUAUAGAAAUGAUACUUAAUAAAAUGUAAUACCUGUUAA